AAUGUGUUGUUGUUUGCGGUUCGAUUGUGGGUGCUUGUUGGGUUCAUUGUUAUGACAAUGUCUGCCUCAUGAUGGUUGUGGAAGGCGCCGAGACAUCGGCGGGGAUCCCAAGUCGUUGAAGUCGGCGGAUCCAGCAGCAGGGGCGUUGCAGUCGAUGGAUCCAGCAGCAGGGGCGUCGAAGUCGGGAUUCAGCAGCAGGGGCGUCGAAGGCGGCGGAUCCAGCAGCCGGGGCGUUGAGGUCGAUGGAUCCAGCAGCCGGGGCGUCGAAGUCGGCGGGUCCAGCAGCAGGGGCGUUGAAGUCGACGGGUCCAGCAGGGGCGUUGAAGUCGGCGGAUCCAGCAGCAGGGGCGUUGAGGUCGAUGGAUCCAGCAGCAGGGGCGUCGAAGUCGGCGGAUCCAGCAGGAGGGGCGUUGAGGUCGAUGGAUCCAGCAGCAGGGGCGUCGAAGUCGGCGGAUCCAGCAGGAGGGGCGUUGAAGUCGACGGGUCCAGCAGCAGGGGCGUUGAGGGCGACGGAUCCAGCAGCCGGGGCGUUGAACUCGAUGAAUCCAGCCAUGGCGGCGUCGGACACGGCGGUUCCAGCCGCAGGGGCGUUGAAGUUGACCGACUCGCAGGGGGGGCGUCAGAGACGGCGGGUUCAGCAGCAGGGGCUGCGGUGAACAGUCCAGCCGCAGGGGGGGUUGAAAUCGUUGGAUACAGCAGCGAUGGCGUCGAUGCUGGCGGAUCCGGCGGCAAGGACGUCGGGGACGGAGGGUGCAGCGCCAGGGCCACCCAGGGGUGUCGGAGACGUCGGAUCCAGCAGCAGUCUCUCGGCGGCUUUCUGAACCCCGCGACGAGGGAGCUCCGCGUAGCGGGAAGGGCAAGCGGGCGCCCUGAGGCUGGUUGGCGGUUGGCUUCUCCCUGGUGUGGCUCCUUUACGCCACCUCCCGUCGGUCUCGCCUCGCUUCGCUGAGACGCCCCCGGCGUCAUGGGGCGCCUCCCCGGCCUCGGCGGACGAGUGCGGGUGUAAGUGGGUGCGAAGCAUGGGUGGGUGGGUGCGAAAAAUCACGGAGAGCGCUUGUCCUG